AGGGGCCGAGCCUUCAGUUGUAAACUCAGCUUUAAAUAUGUGUGUUCAUAGUUUGCAGAAGAUCCUGCAAACAUUGUAAAAUCGUUCUAGGAAAAAUACUGUUCAUUAGUGCUUGUGGAAAAAAACAAAUAAAAAGUCAGCAACAUGAAUGGAGAUCUUUUCCAAGAAUCCAGGUACAUUGAGGAGAACACUUCCCAGAAAGACGCAAUCUCUCUGAUUUUUUCCCUUAAAGAAGAAGUUGGAGCCUUGGCUAAAGUCCUUCGCAUAUUUGAGGAAAAGGGGAUAAACUUGACUCACAUAGAAUCCAGACCUUCCCGGCUGAAUAAAGAUGAAUAUGAAUUUUUCAUUAAUUUGGAGAGCAAGAAUAUUUCUGCCCUUCCAGAUAUCAUCAAGACCUUGAGAGAUGACAUCAGAGCAAAUGUUCAUGAACUUUCCCGUGAAAAGAGGAAAGAUGCAGUUCCAUGGUUCCCAAGAUCGAUUCAAGAACUGGACAGAUUUGCAAAUCAGAUCCUCAGCUAUGGAGCAGAACUGGAUGCUGACCAUCCUGGUUUCAAAGAUCCAGUUUACCGGGCCAGAAGAAAGGAAUUUGCAGAUAUAGCAUACAACUACAGGCAUGGGCAACCUAUACCCAGGGUGACUUACACUGAAGAAGAGAAGAAGACGUGGGGGAUAGUCUUUAGGGAGCUGAAGACUCUCUACCCUACACAUGCUUGCUAUGAACACAAUCAUGUGUUUCCACUCCUGGAAAAAUACUGCGGCUACCAAGAGGAUAAUAUUCCCCAGCUUGAAGAUGUCUCAAAUUUUUUGAGAAGCUGCACUGGAUUUCGCUUACGACCUGUGGCUGGUCUUCUUUCAUCUCGAGAUUUUUUGGGUGGCUUGGCUUUUAGAGUAUUUCACUCUACGCAGUACAUUCGCCAUUCAUCAAAACCGAUGUAUACACCUGAACCUGAUGUUUGCCAUGAACUCCUAGGACACGUCCCUCUGUUUGCUGACCCUAGUUUUGCUCAGUUUUCUCAAGAGAUUGGGUUGGCUUCCCUAGGAGCUCCAGAUGAUUAUAUUGAGAAACUUGCAACGGUUUACUGGUUCACUGUGGAAUUUGGCCUCUGUAAAGAAGGCAAUGCAGUUAAGGCUUAUGGUGCUGGACUGUUGUCAUCUUAUGGGGAACUGCAAUACUCUCUGUCAGAUAAACCUGUCACUGAACCUCUCAUCUUGGAAAAGACUGCAGUUCAAAAAUAUCCAGUUACUGAAUUCCAGCCUAUUUACUAUGUAGCUGAAAGUUUUGAAGACGCAAAACAAAAGUUAAGAAAAUAUGCCUCAACGAUUUCACGUCCGUUUUCAGUCCGUUAUAAUCCAUAUACUGAAAGAAUUGAAGUUUUGGACAAUAUCAAGCAAUUAAAGAAUUUAGCAGAUGCUAUUGGCAAUGAAAUGGAACUUCUUCGCAAUGCUCUGCAGAAGAUAAAAUGAGAUGCUUUUUUUUCUUUUAAUCAAAUCAGUUUGCCCAUAAUUAACAUAUAUUGCAGAAAAGUAACAAAAUCUAAUAUAUAAUAUGUUUAUAUGUAUAACUAUACAUAAAUCCCUCUCCAGAUUUUGAUAUGAUCAUAUAAAUCUCUACAAAAUUAAUAUAAAUAACUCAUUAGCUAGGAACUAGGCCUUUCAAACAUGAUUUCUAUAGGAUAGUGUUUAUAUUGUUACACUAAGUCCUGGUAUAAAUCAAUGCAGCAUAUAUAAUUAAAAAAGGAAAAUAGUAGGAAAAUAGUAGAAAAGAUAAGCAAAUUCAAUGUAUAUAAGAGCUAUGCAUUUUUGAAGUGCAUUUAAUCAAGGGCUUUUAUUCUUUCCAAUCCAAUAUAACAUUGUGAAGGUGAUCAAGACUAUUGGCAGGGCAACUCUCUGAAAAUGUUAUGGAAGGGGACGAAAGUUGGUGUAGGAGAAGAAAUGGCAAAAAAAAAAAAGAGUGAAAUUGAAUAUGGUUGCAUAAGGUCAUGGUUGCAGAAAACAUCCCUGCACACAUUUUUUUUUUAAAAAUUCCAAUGCAUCUCUGGAAAGAAUUCAGGAAGCUACAUUGUAUCCAUAUCUUUUGAAGUCUUAAUUAAUUUUACUUGUACUUUCUUAUAGUGCUAAUUAUCUAUGAAUCAGGUGUGAAGAUUAUGUUGAUGUUAGGUAUGAUGUACAAUUGUAUAAUAAUGUCCAACAUGUUAAAGAUAAAUAUUUUAAAUUGAUCAACUGGGAUUGAUGUAAAGUUCCAUAGGUAACCUCUUGGGAAGGAGGUAAUGGGGACAUCCAAAAACCCAGAAUGCUGUGCAAAUAUAUUUUUUUCCUUCCAUACUCAUGUCCUACCUGUAACUCUGUACCAGUAUAUGCAUUCUACUGAUGUAUUUUUGCUGUAUUUCACUGGCAGAAUAUUUCUGUGCCGCAUAUGUCUGCAAAUUCAUGGUUUGCAGGGGAAAAUCCAAUUUUACUGUUAUCUUUAAAUGUAUAUAGGUUAUUUACAUUGAUCAUCUGAAGAAGAAUGUACAUUGAUACCCUUAUUCAAAUGAUUCAGAUACUGGCUAAUGUAAAGCUUAACAUUUUAAACAAUUAUACUUACAUUUAAGUUCUUCAUUGCUAGCUAACUUGUAGAAAAAAAUAACCCAAAUGUCGAUCAUAUUUUUCUUAAACCAAUAUUUAAAAUGUAUAAUUAUUUCAAUUAAAUACAAUACCUUUGCUCUUCUUGUGCAUGGAACCUAAUGGUUUUCAUAAUAGUUAUUCUCUAAAACUAAUAUAUUCAUUACAAUUGUCUUAUAUUUUAAAUUCAUCAUCAGUGAAAUUUUGAUAGUUCAUGUUAAAGUAGGAAUAGAUGUAAUUGAGUUAAUAAAAAGGUUUGUCAAAAUAUAUGUAUAAGUGGUUUUAUGAUGGAAUAUAAUCUGGUAGUCCACAGGUGAAGGAGAGGCUAUGUCAGUGAUGGCGAACUUUUUCAGCACCUAGUGCCAAAAAGAGAGUGUGGAAGCGUGGCACCAAGUACCAAACAGGGAGCACUUUGCAUGCGCUUGCUCACUUUGUGUGCACGCUUGUCAAGGCAGCUACCAGCCCGCACUUGUCAAGGCAGCUACCAGCAUGCACAUGCACACUGGCCAGCAAGUCUUCUGGUUACUGCCGCACAUGCACACGCACCAAUCAGCUGGCCAGUGCGCAUACCCACACCAGAAAACGAAAGACCUGGUCUUUCUGGUUUCCGGCACUGCCACACGCACAAAGGCCAGCUGAUCAGCGCAUGCACAUGCGCGCCAGAAACCCGGAAGAGGAACAGGUGAUGCCGGGAGUGCCAAGAAACAUGGCUCCGCGUGCCACUUCAGGCACGUGUGCCAUAGGUUCACCAUCAUAGGGCUAGUUUGAAGUUAUGGAAAAUAGGAUUUUGUAUUUGCAUUAUAUAUCUGAUAUGAAAAAUGGAAUUAUGAAGAUAAGCUGAAUAAAUAUAUGAGAAGCCACAUGAUUCUCAUUUCAUAUGAUUCAACUAAUGAUCUAAUUAAUAUUUUAAAUCAAUGCAGUCUGCAGCCUUUACUUUAUUAUGGGAUUAGGUUUAAUUGGAUGGUUAAGGUUUCAUUGCCUAGUUGCAAUAUGAAAAGCAAUUGCUAGGCUCUUAAUAAGUACUCUUUCAGCUCAUAAAACAUUGCUUAACAUGGCUGAAUUAUGUCCAUGUUUUCCAAGAUUGUGGCAAAAAAGAGCAAAUUAAUUAAGAUUGGAUGUUCUCCUUAAUUAUAACUAUCACUAAAGCUUAGAGGUAUCUGGAAAAUAAUCACCUGGGAUUAGGGCUGUUAUAAUGCUCACCAACAUAGGCAUGAAUACAAGAAUAAAUUUCAAAAUAUAAUUACUUAAUACUUUAAUCUCAUUAGACCUAUUGAGAAAAUGACUAAUUCACAUUUUAUGAGACAGAUUUAUAUUCCUUGUACGUAUUGAAGCAAUUUUUGUUCAGUAUAAAACCAACCAAUUUCUUUCAAAAGGGGACAUUUAUACCUUUAUUUAUUUUAUCAAUAUUUUAAAAUCUG